AUGGAUCUUACCUCGCGGCGCCGCCCUCGCGCGGCCACGUCCUGGGCGUUGUCGCCGCCGCCGCCCACCCCUCCGGCUCCCUCGCCGCCGCCGCCGCCGCCUCCCUCNGGCGUUGUCGCCGCCGCCGCCCACCCCUCCGGCUCCCUCGCCGCCGCCGCCGCCGCCUCCCUCGACAGCUCCGUCCGCGUCUUCGACGUCGACUCCAACGCCUCCAUCGCCUCCCUCGACGUCUCCCCCCCUCUUCCGAGGUCUGGGGCUUGCAGUUCGACCCCAAGCGGCGGCAGCGGCGGUGCUGGCACCGGCGUCGCCCGCGGAUUCGUAGGAUUACUGGCGGAAGUUUUUCCGCACCGCGGCGGACGCCGACAUCUUCCGGGUGAUCGAGAAGGCCAUCGCGGUCUCCAUCGCAGACUUUCCUGACGAGCUCCGCAC